AUCUGAGCACUGGACUCUAAUGCAAAAUCAAGCAGGCCAAAUUGAUGCUGCUGAAAAGAAAUUUCUCAGACACAUGGCAGGAUACACUUUCGAAGAUCAAAAAAGAAAUGAUAUAUGUCAGGAACUAAAUAUCACUAGUAUCCUUGAUAAAAUCAAAAGAUACAGAGGAAAUUGUAACUAUUCAUUAAUGAACAAUAAAUUAAUGUACAAUCUUUUAAAUACUAAAAUUGAUUGCCCAGAAUUAAGAACUUUAUUUGUUCAUGACAAUAAUCCAUGUAAUAUAAGAAGAAAAGUUUUAUUUAAAGAAAUGUUUUGCAAAACACAAACUUACUAUUCUUCAUCAGUAACUUGUUUAACAAGAUAUUGCAAUGAAUAUUUGAGCAAUGAACAAUUAGAACGUGCAAUUUAUUUUCAAUUUAAAAGGUUGAACAAAAAUGCAUGGAGCAAAUCAUUAAGAAUGGAGAUCAUGACCACAAAUCCAGAAUUCCACAAGCUGUUGCUUCAUUACAGGGUAAAAUCUACUGAUGUAAAAAAUACAAUAGCUUUUGGGAAAACAUUGUUGCAUUUCUUUCACCACCUGAAUAUA